AUGUGUCUAAAGCGAGAGCUCACCCCCCGACUGCCUGCGCAGCCGUUUUUCGAUCAGAUCGAUCCGAAAGCAACCGUGACAGAUGCUUGUGCUUCCUUCGCUGCUCUCGACGCCUUCAACGACAAAAUCUCCUCCCCCAUCCGAUCUGUCACCCAUGACACAGACUUCUUUUCUUAUUACCGUUUGAAUCUGUUUAACAAGCAAUGCCCAUUCUGGUCUGAUGAUGCGGGAAUGUGCGGCAAUAUUGCUUGCUCCGUUAAUACUUUGGAUUCAGAAGACGAUAUUCCCCCAAUCUGGCGGGUGGAGGAGCUGAGCAAACUGGAAGGCCCCAAGGCGGGACAUCCGGCGAAGGAGCUCCGGCAGGAACGGCCAAAGGAGAAGCCACUCCAGGGUAUGCUGGGUGAGGACGUGGGGGAGUCCUGUGUUUUCGAGUAUGAUGACGAGUGUGAUGAACGAGACUACUGUGUCCCUGAAGACGAGGGCGCGACGGCGAAAGGGGAUUAUGUUAGUUUACUAGAUAAUCCAGAGAGAUUUACGGGUUACGGGGGAGAAGGGGCCAGGCAUGUCUGGGAUGCGAUAUAUCGGGAGAAUUGCUUCCUGAAACCACUUCCCACUUCUCAACAAAAAUCACCCCUCAAGUUUCCGCUUGGUAAUUUUCAGGCUGUGAAGGAUUUCAAAAAGGUUGUGGACAAGCAUGAACGAGACCAAGUAGUCAUGGCUGCAUCGCGGAAUGAGGGCUAUCCGUUGGAUGAUGAAUGCGUAGAGAAGCGUGUCUUCCACAGAAUCAUCAGCGGCAUGCAUGCCUCCAUCUCCACUCAUUUAUGCUGGGACUACUUCAACCAAAAGACUGGGCAGUGGUUCCCCAAUGUACAAUGCUACAAAGAACGUCUCCACGACCACCCAGAACGCAUCUCAAAUCUUUACUUCAACUUCGCAGUCCUUGUUCGCGCUGUGUCCAAGAUCCAAAAGCACCUACAAUCGUACUCCUUCUGUACCAGCGAUCCGCCACAGGAUAUCGAUACGAGGCAGAAAGUCUUGUCACUCGUCGACACUAUUUCAUCACAGCCGAAAAUCUUCGACGAGACCAUCAUGUUCCGCGAUGAAGCUGCUAACGGCCUCAAGGAGGAUUUCCGCAACCGCUUUCGCAACGUCAGUCGGCUCAUGGACUGUAUUGGGUGUGACAAAUGUCGGUUAUGGGGUAAGCUGCAGACAGCCGGGUACGGCGCGGCCCUCAAGAUCUUGUUCGAAUUCGACGAGACGAAGAACGGCGAAAACCCCCCACUACGGCGGACGGAGUUGGUGGCUCUCAUCAAUACCCUCGGACGGGUAUCGCAUAGUAUCACUGCUGUGCAGAACUUUGAGCAAGCGAUAUUGUCUGGAACGGAGGAUAGUCUGCCCGUCCAUACAACUCUUCCGAUAGCUUCUCCACUCUCCCAUGUGAAGCCUGAAUCUCCUAAAGGUAGAGGCCAGGAUAAAGAGAAGGUAAACCCUUCGCGAAAAGAUCAGAACGAUGAGCGCAAGACUCUUUCGGUAGAAGAUCUAGAAGACGAUGAUGGCGAGUGGACACAAACGACAACUUCUAAACCCGACCCCACAAUCGAAAAGCAGGAACAGGGAAUCAUGGAUGUUUUCUGGGAAGAAUUCGAUGUGGUAUGGCGGGCGUAUUUGUAUGUGCUUAAUCGUUGGAUUAAGUUUCCCGUUAUAGCCCAACGUGACAUUUCUAACGUGAGACACAGAUGGAGAAUCUUCCUUCUGGAGCUUAGCCGGCUGUGGAAUUUCUGGCUUGGAGUCGCGGUCCCGCCGCGGUCUUGGGAAAUUCGCAUUCCCAAUCGCGACGAACUUUAA